AUGGCGAGUUUACGAAAAUGCACUCAAGCCACAGUGCUCUCAAUCCUCUUCUUCUCAGCCCACGCUGCGUCCAUCCCAUCUGUCUUCAAGCGGCAAGAAACAUGCGCAGCCGAAAACUUCUCUCCUUGCGGUGGCAGUGGCCUCCCCGCCUCUUUCUGCUGCGAAAAAGGAAAAACCUGCAUUCCUCUGGCUGGGAAUACCACCGUGCUUUGCUGUCCAGCAGGAAUCAGUUGCGAUCGCAUCACGCCCAUCAACUGUGCCGUCUCGCUACAAGACCCUGAGGCCCACCCGGAAGCGGUUAUCAAGACGACAGCCCUCAAGAGCAAGCUUCCGGCUUGUGGCACGCAGUGCUGCCCUUUUGGAUACACCUGCAACGGCGCCGACCAGUGCGUGAUAAAUGUUGACCAGACCAAGAAGCCGUCCGAACUGCCCGCAUCGGAGCUGCCUGCAACCACUCCCGGUCCUACGUCGAGUGUCCCAAUUCCGACCGUGAUCCCCACAACGAUCGCCACUACCACCCCCCUCAAAACCGAAUCAUCUGUAGCUACUGCUCCGGCACAGCAGGAUGGUGAGGAAGGUGAAAAGAAAGAUCCGAACAAGAACGAGAGCACAUUCCCCACUGCUAUCGUCAUCGGCGUCCUCUGCGGCGUCCUGGCAGGCGUUGGUCUCGGCGUUGCCCUCCUCCUCUUCCUCGCCCGCCGCCGACGCCGCAACACGGCCAUCCGAACCGAAAAGAAACGCAGUGGCGGUCCCCGUCCUUCGACUUCCACCUCGUCGUUUGGCAACAUAAUAUCCGAGCCGAUUCCCAUAUCCGACUCGGCUCUUCGAACAGAUUUUAUUCUCAAGACGCCUUCCACCGUCCAUUCCCGCAACUCUUCUGCGGCCACUACUCUAGCGGCUCAACCUAUCGGCCUGGCCAGAAGCGAUUCUAAGCCGCGUACGCCCGAACGCACUCCGGAGCGCGGCAUCCCCGUCCCACCUAUCCGGAAUAUGCGUCCCAAUUCCGGGCGCAGACCACCUGGCGCGCAGAACCCGCUGCUUGCCCCUCCCGGCCAGCACUUACAGCAUGAGCCAAGCAGCGAGAGUAUCAAUGUCUUUGCGGACCCCCACACCGUGGGGAGACCCGGACAGAAGAGACUGACGUCCGCCACGACCUUUACUGAUCUUAUGGACGAAGCAGAGCUAGGAGACGUGAGACGUGGCAAACCUUUUGUGCCGCGGACACCACAAAUGCCUUCGCCUCUGAGGAAAUAG